GAGGCUUCGCGGCCGCCCCUCGCCAUGAAGCGGCAGAACCUGCGCACGGCCGCGCUCAUCCUCUGCAUCUUCUCCUACCUGCUGGUGGGCGCCGCCGUCUUCGAUGCGCUGGAGUCGGAGGCGGAGAGCGGCCGCAAGCGGCUGCUGGAGCAGAAGCGCGGGGAGCUGCGGAGGAAGUACCGCUUCUCCGCCGACGACUACCGGGAGCUGGAGAGGCUGGUGCUGCAGGCCGAGCCCCACCGCGCCGGGCGGCAGUGGAAGUUCGCCGGAUCCUUCUACUUCGCUAUCACGGUCAUCACCACCAUCGGCUAUGGACACGCCGCCCCGGGCACAGAUGCUGGCAAAGUUUUCUGCAUGUUCUACGCCAUCCUGGGCAUCCCCCUGACACUGGUCAUGUUCCAGAGCCUGGGGGAACGCAUGAACACUGUCGUGAGGCUGCUGCUCAAGAAGAUCAAGAAGUGUCUGGGCAUGAGGACAACCAAUGUCUCCAUGGAGAACAUGGUCCUGGUCGGCUUUCUGUCCUGCAUGGGGACCCUGUGCAUCGGCGCAGCCGCCUUCUCUUAUUUUGAGGGCUGGACUUUCUUUCAUGCCUAUUACUACUGCUUCAUAACCUUGACCACAAUUGGCUUUGGAGACUUUGUGGCUCUGCAGAAGAACGAGGCUUUGCAAAAGAAGCCCCCGUACGUGGCUUUCAGCUUCAUGUACAUCCUGGUGGGCCUGACUGUCAUCGGCGCCUUCCUCAACCUGGUGGUGCUGCGGUUCCUGACCAUGAACUCGGAGGACGAGCGGCGGGACGCCGAGGAGCGAGCCUCGUUGAGGAGAGCCCAGAACAACAUCCACCUCAAGCCAAAGGAGGACAGCAGGAGCAGCAACGCCAUUUUUCUCCCCGUGGAGGACAGGACGAGCCAGAUGAACCUCAUCCCACUGAUCCAGGAGGACACUAAGAGGGAGCGGCGCCAGCUGGCCAACUCUGCAGCCACGGUCCCCUCCUUCUGCACGUGCCUGUGCUACAGACCUCAGCUGUGUGGCAGCCCAGUGCCCUCCCACCCCGAGACCCUGAGCUGCCACACCAACCCCGUAUAUUACAACUCCAUUUCCUACAAAAUCGACGAGGUCUCCCUGAGCACGCGCGGUCAGACCGGCUCUUCCCCAGGGAGCACUUUGUCAUCCAACAGCCCUCGCUGCCGGCAGCACCCCCGGCCACGGAGGAAAUCCAUCUAGGAGCACAUACCCAGCUGUACACAGUGCUCCAGUCUUAUACUAGGAUGAUAAAUUAAGAACAGAGAUGUCAGGUCCUUCUUAAUGCUCUCCUUUCUUGUUCCUCUCCCCUUUCAGCUGGCAGGCAGCCCCACACAGGGGCCAGCAGGAGCCUUUAAACCUUUUUUGAGAAACAAAUCGUUCCUUUUUGCAGGCACUGAAUGACACUGUUAGUUUUUCUUUGCUUUCCCCCCCCAGGUAGGUUCAAGCAUUUGGUGAAGUCCAGGUGAAGUCCAGCAGGCUGUAGGCUUGCUUUCCCACCUCCCUGCUCCCCAAACGGAGGCAUCGCUGCCCUCCCACCCUGCCCAGCCUUGGCUGUGGCCACCACCAGCUCUUGCCUCCUGCUACACAGGCUGGAUUGCACUUGCUGAGAGUUUAUCAAAAGCAAAGCCUGUGUUACUGAGCCCUGCAGAGCUGGGGAUAUUCACAUUGUCCCGACACCGGGUGCAGGUGAGUCGGUGCCAUGCAGCAGGUUUGCAGCUGGGCAGGAGGGGACAGGCUGCAGUCCUGCUGCUCAGCACAUGGGGACAAACUCAUGGCACCAGUCCUCCAGCUCUGUCCUCAGACUCGUGGCUCAGUACUUCUGGCAGCUGGAGGUCCACCCACUCACCCACCAGUACACUUUACCUCGCUACUGGUAGGUCCUCCUGGUGGAGCUGGCUGGUGGGAUCCUGUGUCUGUCCACAGGGGAAGGUGAACUCCUCCAGCCCAGCCUGGGCCAAGGGCACAGCCCCUGGGAGAGCCUCCCUGAAUCUCCAGAGCCACCUGCAAAGGGUUUGCCCCUGAUGACAUGAUUCCUUCACCACCUUUCAUUCCUCCAGCUGGCAGCCCAGCCCCAGUGCCCUCCAGCCCGUGGGUGUGCACUCAUUGCUGCUGGGGUUAUCAGAGCUGGGGUGAUCCCAUCUCCAUGUGCAUCCCUAGGUGGGAUGGGGUACCCACACAGCCCCACCUGGGAGGCUGUUCCCAUCUGGUGCCCCCCAGUGUGGUCCAUGUCCAUCCUGCUUUGUCUUGAAGAAGCAGGCCUGGGCUCUGCCAGUUUCACUUUUUCCCCCCUCCAAUCAAGGUACAUUCUCAGUCUUAGUUCUAUCUAAAAUACUCUCUGAGGUAUUUAGAGAGUAUUUUCCUCCAGGAAGACUCCUGGUGGGGAAGGCAUACAGAGUGGCAGCACUGGGAAGCCUCAGGGCAGGCUUUGCUCUCUCCUCUCUUUGUUCUGGGCAGUUUAAUAAAAGGUGAAUCCAGCUGGUGGUGGUUGGUUAUUUGUCAU